AUGGCUCCCAAACAUGCUCCUUCUUCCAAGGCUGGUGCUGAGCCUAAGCGACAACGAACAAUGAUGACGAUCGCUGAGAAGGUGAAACUUCUGGAUAUGUUGAAGGAAGGGAGAACAUACGCGGCUGUGGCCCGCCAAUAUGGCGUGAACGAAUCCACCGUUCGCUACAUCAAGAAGGAAGAGGCGAACAUUAGGAAGACGGCUACCAUCACCUUUCAAAAGUCGGCGAAGAGAAUGGUUACGGCUCGUAAUAAAACAAUCGUCCGUAUGGAAUCUGCUUUGGCCGUAUGGAUAGCCGACUGCCGAAAGAAGAACAUAACAUUGGAUUCGAACAUUAUCCAAACAAAGGCUAAGAGCCUGUACGAGACCUUUGCCGCUAAGGAACCAGAAGACGACAGUGGCGACCGCGAAGAAGAGGAAGAAGAUCCGCAGCCAGGGACCUCCAGUGAUUCACCACGUAAGAAACGGCAAUUUUCUGCUAGCAAAGGGUGGUUUGCAAAGUUUCAGAAACGCUACGGCUUAAAAAGCGUUUCCCUGCAAGGCGAGGCUGCUUCGGCUGACACGAUUGCUGCUGAAACUUAUGUGAAUGAAACGUUCAAGAAGAUUACCUCCGAAGGUGGAUAUCGGCCCGAACAAGUUUUUAAUAUGGAUGAGACGGGCUUGUUUUGGAAAAGAAUGCCAUUGCGAACUUUCCUGUUCAAAGAGGAAGCAAAAGCCUCUGGCUUUAAAGCAUACAAGGAUCUUGUGACCCUCGUGAUGUGUGGCAAUGCUGCUGGAUUUUUGUUAAAGCCAGGGUUUAUUUACAAGUCAAAAAACCCAAGGAUUUUAAAAAACAAAAACAAGAAUCUGCUUCCCGUACAUUGGAUGCACAAUGCAAAAGCCUGGAUGAUGAAGAUGCUGACCUCCGACUGGUUCCACCAGUGUUUUAUCCCGCAAGUGAAGGCGUAUCUAGCAGAGAAGGGCAUGCCAUUCAAAGUCCUUCUCAUUAUGGAUAACGCUGGUGGUCACGCUACUGAUCUGUCUUAUUCGGGGGUACAGAUUGAGUUCCUGCCGCCCAAUACGACGUCACUAAUUCAGCCUAUGGAUCAGGGGGUUAUCAGGGCAUUCAAGACCCUAUACACGAGGAAUGCCUUAGCGAACCUGGUUUCUUCCGUGGAUGCUGCCCAAGAAGAUGACGAUUUCAACUUGAAGGCAUACUGGCGGCAGUACACAAUUGCUACGUGCCUCCAAAAUAUCCAGAAGGCAUUACAAGAGAUGAAGCCUGCCACCGUUAGCGCCAGCUAG